AUGUCGAUUGGGAAGGUUCAGUCACAGAUAAAAGAUCAAUCUCUGAAUAUUGUGCAUAUGUUUGGGGAGAUAGGUCCGAAGAAAGAUUUGAAGGUUGUUGGACACGGACUUAAGUUGACAUCGAGGCUUCCACUAGCUCUUCCACAACAGAUGGACAGUUGGGUUUCUAGGUCUGGGUUAUAUUCACUCCAAAGAACUAGUUUAACGAAGAUAGACACAAACUUUAUAUCCGCAUUUGUGGAGAGAUGGAAUCUAGAGACGUCUUCAUUUCACAUGUCGUUUGGUGAGAUGAGCAUUACUUUGGAUGACGUCUCUUGUCUGCUUCACUUGCCCAUCAGGGGUGUGUUAUGGAGUCCUCAAGAUGUCACUGAAGAAGUUGUUGUUGAACUUGUUGUUGACUACUUAGGAGUGUCACAGAGUGAGGCACAGAGACAUGUUCGUAGUUGCAUGAGUUCUUAUUAUAAUGUGGAGUUGUUAUACGAUUUAUUCGUACAUCAUAAAGCUGCUUCUAUAUGGACAUAUGCGACUAGAGCAUAUUUGUUGAUGUUGGUGGGUUCCAUAAUUUUUGCCGACAAGACUUUUACACUUGUCGAGGCACGAUAUCUCUUACUGAUUACGAACUUAGAUAGAUGUCCGGGAUACAGUUGGGGAGCAACUGCAUUGUGCUGGAUUCACGAGUACUUUCCAACUGUUGGAAAAAGAGGAGAGAAUUAG